CUGCGCUUUCUCUCGGGAGGAGCUAAGCAGCCUGGCCGCUGAGGCUCUUUCCCGGCAACGCGCCUUCUCCGCUGCUCGGAGCGUCGCUGUUGCUGCUCGGCCACCGGCUCCCUCUGAUCCGCAAGGCAUGUGAUGGCGGGUUGACCGGGGGCGCUUUUCUCUGCUUAGUCAUCCCGCUCCGAGGAAGCGGCUCGCGGGCGCUUAUCUACCCCCCUCGACCGAGCGAGCGAGCCCGGCGGAGCAGCGGCUCUUCCCCCGUCGAAAGAGAGACAGAAGGGCUCCUUCCCGGCAUGGGCACCGAGAGCGGCCGGGCGGCCGUCCUGCUGAGACAAGCGCGCACCCUCAACCUGCAGACCGGCAACCUGCUCAACUGGGGCCGCUUGCGGAAGAAAUGCCCGGCCAGCCCCAGCGAGGAGCUGCGGGAUUGCAUUCAGAAAACUUUAAAUGAAUGGAAUUCAAAAAUUGGCCCGGAUCUGAUGCAGGAAAUUCCAGACAUUAUUGACUGUACUCUCCCACAAGCAGUAGAAAAGAUUAAUUCUGAAGAAAGAGAAGAAUUGAAAGUUUCAGCAAAACUCUUUGUCACAAGAUCAAACUCCUCAUCAAUCAGAGAAGCAGUCAAUAUGACAUGUUCAGCCCUUGGUGUUGACCAGUUAGAUUCUGUGAUCAUUUCUCCCCCUGCAACUGAAGAUGGAAUUAAUUUUUCUUUAGAAUAUUUACAACCUUACUGGACAGAGCUUGAAAAUUUAGUCCAGAACAAAAAGAUUGUUGCCAUAGGGACUUCUGAUCUAGAUAAAACAUUGCUAGAACAGCUGUUCAGGUGGGCACAGGUGAAACCGAGUAGUAACCAAGUGAAUCUUGCUUCCUGUUGUGUCAUGCCACCAGAUCUGACUUUAUUCGCAAAAGAAUUUGACAUUCAGCUGUUAACUCAUAACGACCCAAAAGAACUGCUUUGUGAAACAGGUUUCCAGGAAGCUCUUCAGGAAAGCCUUCCAGAUUGCCGGGGGCACGAAUGGACUCCCCUCUGGCUUCUGCGGUAUUCGGUCAUUGUUAAAAGCAGAGGGAUUAUCAAAUCCAAGGGCUACAUCUUGCAAGCUAAAAGGAUCCCAUCAUCUUAACGCUGAUCUUGAAAACUGGAUACUUUGGAGAGACCCUAUCUCUACUUUAUAUUGAACCUAGCAGUUGUUUUUUUUUUUAAUUGACAAAGUUAUCAUAAAACCCAGAUUGCAUAUGGGAUGGUACUCUUGAGCCUAUUCUUUCAAUUUCAUUUACUUUCACAUACUAUAUGGUGAUCUGUGUUGAGAACAGUUGGCUCGCCUAUAUAAUAUUGUUUUUCAUUAAGAUUUACUAAACUAGGGAUAUUGUAUGUAAUCUUUAGAAUAUUUUAAUGACUAAUAUAAAUUCAAAAUCUAGCUAGCUAUAUUUUGAUUGAAGUAUUUUUAUUUGUAAGGCAUAAUUGACUUGGUAUAGUUUAUGGCCGCUGGGCUGAUAGAAAACUAAAUAAACCACAUUUUGGUGGAAUAAGGUGACUUCACAAGUGGUAAAAAUAUGUGAAAUAUUUAAUAGAGUCAUUAAUUUAUAUUCAGUUCACUACGCCUCAAACAUCUUAUCAGAGUUUGACUAGCCAUGCACAAUUUUUGUUACGUUUGUUGUAUUUUUCUCUUGGCAUAUGUUCAGAAGAUUUUUUUUUUAACUCAGAAUUAUAUGGCUCCAGUGAAGAGUAGAAUUAACUUUUUGAAAAUUGGUUUUGCUGAAGUUAAAACAUACUUAUAUUUUGAAAAAGAUAAAAAGUUGUAUAUAUAAAUUUCAGCAUUGCACUGAGUAUAGCUUUUCAGACAUUUUUAGGAUUUUUUUAAAAACGACCAGAGGUGAAGAUAAGUUACUUUUAAGUUUGUGGGUUCUUCAAAAGAAAUUGAUUCAAUGCUCUUAAGCACUUAAUUUAAUUAGAAAACUGCUGCAGUUAAAUGAAUAUUUUUAUUCAGAUUAUCUCUAAAGAGGUUUGCUUAUUGAGAUUUCAGUAGUUUAACAAUGUACAUUUUUGCCAUUUUAAUGGAUAUUUCUGUGUUAUUAAUGCACAUAUGAAAGUUAUGUAAGAGAUGCAAACUUUAUCUGGAUUUUAAGCUAUUAAUUUAUAAAUGAAAAUGUUAUAGGUAACUUUACUAAAGGUUUUAUUAUGCUUUUCAUACCAUAUUCAUAUCCUUGGAUCCAUUCCGACAUGGAAACCUCUUAUACUUUAUAUUAAAAUAAUUUUGCAUUAGAUGAUUUAUUAGGUGAUGGUGUUUGGAUUCCACAAUAUAUUAAGCAUGAAAAAGCAUUCUUAAUUCAAAUUUCAGUCUUUACCAGGAACUAGGUUCUAUUGAGCUCAUUGAGGUGUUAGUGAAUUUUAAUGCAAUGAGGCCAUGUUUCAGGUUAGUUGGGAAGAGUCCUUAAAAACUUGAGUACAUCACUGAAAUAAAAUUUAUCUGACAACAUUCUGGAGUAAAUUUUGAUGUGCUGCUUGAAAUUAUACACACAAACA